UAAAACUUUGUAUUUGGUUGCAUAACUUCAGCAUACGGUGGCUCAGCGACGUCUUCUUACCACAUUUUAAACAUACCUGACUUAUCAAUAGAGCUACCGUACGCUUUCAAUAAACCUAGCUUUAGUGCAGUAACAUAAAAUGAAGGUUUUAGUCGGUGGAGGUAGGGGAUUUAUUGGAUCAGCAGUAUGUAGGCUUUUACAAAAAAGAGGCCAUGAUUGGACUAUCAUUUCCAGGACCAGUGGUCCAAAAACUAUUUCAUGGUCAGAGUUGAAGAAGAAUGGUUUACAAGAGUGUGAUGCUAUUAUUAAUUUAUCUGGUGAGAAUGCAUACAAUCCAAUGAAAAGAUGGAAUGAAGGCUUCAAGAAGGAGGUUAUAAGCAGUAGAGUAGAGAUCACAUCUGAUAUUGCCAAAUUGAUAUCAGAAGCAAAUAAUCCGCCCAAGGUGUUUGUAUCAGCAUCUGCAGUAGGUUACUAUGCACCUUCAACCACAGUUGAGUACACUGAGGAAAGCCCCCCAGGGAACGAUUUCUUUGCCAGACUCAGCGUUGAUUGGGAAAAUGCCGCAAAACUUGCCGAGUCAAAUGAAACACGGGUUGCAAUUGUUAGAAUAGGUGUUGUUCUAGGCAAAGAUGGUGGCGCUAUUCAACAAAUGAAGUUACCAUUUUUAAUCGGUGUUGGAGGCGUCAUUGGUUCCGGUGACCAAUUCUUUCCUUGGAUUCAUGUUGAUGAUGCCGCAGGAAUCUUUGUCCAUGCUGUUGAAAACAAUCAAGUUAAAGGCAUUUUAAACGGCACUGCGCCUGGUGUGACCACAAACCGCGAUUUCACGAAAGCUUACGCAUCAGCUCUGUGGAGGCCAUCAAUCUUUCCUGUGCCAGGAUUUGUUAUAAAAAUGAUGGUCGGUAGCGAACGUGCAUCAUUAGUGUUGGAAGGACAGAAUGUGCAACCCAAAAGAACUUUAGAUAGUGGUUAUGAAUUCAAGUACACAAAUCUCGCUGAUGCUUUGAAAAAUAUUGUUGGAUAACAAUUUUUCUCACAUUAUGUCCCUGCCAUAAUUGCAAUUUCCUUUGAUGUUUUUGACAUCUGUGUACUGUGAAGUAAAGGAGGUUAAUUUGUGACAAAGUUCAUAAAUCCGUAAUCUCAAUCCUGUAAUGUAGGGUAAAUCAUUAAUUUAUUGAGUAGAAUUAUGCAUGAGAUUACAGAAAGUGCAGUCACAGUGAAACAAUACCAACAAAUCUUAUUCUGUAAUUAAAUACAUAAAGAUACACUGUAAUAAUUAAUCAUAAGCUUUCGGUAAACUAUACAGCAUAUGCUACACAUCUCAAUCCAAGGUAAUUGGUUCAGAGAAAAACCAUUUGGAUUGAUGUAGUCACAAUGGCACCUCUGACAAAUUUGUCAAUAAACUUUUAUGGUAUUAAACUAGUGAAGUGAUCAGUGAACCAGGGCCCAUGUGGUUCUGGGGCCUCAGAACAAAUUUCCCUAGUGGGCAUAUUGGGAAAGAUUUUAUGGUUUAGAAUGGCCCAAAAUUGUACUUUUAGACCAUAAUAGGGAUCAAAAAUUACAGUAAAUUUGAUUGGAUGGGGAAAAUUAUAUAUUUUUAGUCCAACGACCUCAUCGUGGAGUGGUAUAAAGAGGGGGGUUGAAGGUUGUCAGAAUUGCAUGGGGAGGAGGGGGCGGGAAGACCCUCAUGAUUGUCGCACACAUCACAAUCACUCAAAUCACGCAAAGCCACAAUUACUAUAUUAAAUAACUGAUUUCAAACAUUUGUACAGUCAUUCAAAAUGUUUUGUGUUUAUACGGAAUUGUUAAAUUUUUUGCUGGGGCUUUUAGUUCCUGGACUGCAAUCCAGCACUUUGCAAAUCUGGACCCAGGUAAAUGGUCUCUUACUUGAGCUCAAAAUUGCUUGUUCUGCUUGGGAUGUACAGCAUUGUAAAAUGAUAGAAAAUCAUUUGAGUUGGUCUUCCAGAACAUCAGAACCAUGUGUCACUGCGCGAGUUUAAAAAAAAUCUCAUUGAUCGCUUCGCUCUAUUGAAAUAUUACUAUUAAACAACUAAAUAUAUAGAAAACACUCAAAUUUUAUAUCUAAUCAAAACCGCUGAUUUUUAUCCAGGGCUUUUGUCCCUGUACACCAUCCAGAGACCCUUUCUAGCUUGAACUCAUUUUACUUUAGUCUGCAUUAGUGUUUUUAUAGCUCCAACAAUGCCACCACCUUUGUCAACAUAAUUAUCACCAUCGCUGUCAUCAUCAUCAUCAUUCAUCUUCUCAUAUAAUUAUCAUUAUCAAAAUUUUGUUCAUAUUUUUCUUGGCAUCUUGAAACAGUUUACGUGAUAGGACCUCUCGACCCUUGUAAAAACUAACUUAUUUUAACAUUGCGCCCCCACAACUGAUUUAAAUUAGGUAUACCUUUAUAAUUUGGUAGAUCUGUCCAUAGAGGUACUGUAUACUACAUGAUCUGUAUACCAAGAAUUGACUGAAUAAUUAGAACUGCUUAUAAAGUAUUCAGUGAAGACCCUCCAGAAGCAAACAAUCCACUUAAUUUAACAUUCUAGUGAUAGUACAUCUCAUAUAGAGCGUGAUAAUUAAUAAGUCAUCGAUAUGCCAAAAGAUAAUAGGGCCAUGAAAUAAAUAAAUAGCAUAUUGUACAUUGUGUAUUUAUAGCACGUUUUAUUUAAUUGCAUCGUUUUUAUAUUUCACAGUAUCUGGCAACUUGUCUAAAUAUAAUAGUCAUUAUAUUAUUACUUGGCCGUGCAAACCUCCAAACAAUAUAGUCAUUGUUAUUCAUAUUGUAUUAUAUAAUGUGUGUUGUUUCUUGCAUUAACAUGAAACCUAGACUCGGAAAUACAGAGAUGCUGUUCAGCGGAGGAUGGUUUUACUAUGGAUUAUACUGGUAAAAGUGUAAUAUUUGUUAACUGUAUUCA